UUUUUUUCUUCUUUCCCUUCUUCUUCUUCUUCCUCCACCGCCUCACGUCACGUCUCUCUGUUUCUGUGGUUCUGUUCUCUGUACUUGUUGUGGCUAUGGCGGAGACCUCUACGCUUCUCUUCUACACUUUCUCCUCUCACCUCACCAUCUCCCCUGUUCGUCACUCUCGUCAUCCCUCCCCCGCUCGUUUCUCAUCUCUUCUUUCCCGCGUUCGGCCAUCUCGAUUCGCCGUGAAGGCUUCGCAUUACGGCAGCUUCUCCGAUGACGAUGCUUUCAGCUUCUUCCCAUGGUCCGAUUCCAACAACGACAUUGAAUGGGUUCCUGAAGAAAGGAUUACACUUUUCACUUCUGAUGGGCUAGUUCAGAUUGGAGGCAACAUGGUUCCUCGCCGCAUCAAAUCCUCCUCUCAUAAACAUGGGAAAUCCAAAUCACCAGAAAAACAUCAAAAGUUUCAAGAAAGUGCUUACAUGGAUCCUGCUCAAGGUCUAUGUCUUGGAGCUCUAUUUGAUAUCGCAGCUACAAAUGGACUGGAUAUGGGAAGAAGACUAUGUAUCAUUGGAUUCUGCCGUUCUGUUGAGAUGCUUAGUGAUGUUGUUGAAGACACUGUCUUAGAACAUGGUGGAGAGAUUGUUGCUACUGAGAAAGAGAGCACAAGCGGUUUACAAGAGAAACUAACAAUGACAGUGGCAGUUCCAUAUCUCUGGGGUGUUCCUCCGGCUGCAGAAAGGCUUCACCUCGCGGUUCGAACAGGUGGAGGCAUCGUCGACAAAAUCUAUUGGCAAUGGCAUUUCUUGUGAUUCACACAAUUUCCCCAAAACAUUGGCUCUAACUCACUACCUCAAGUGUUUAUAUAUCAUUCAUUGUACAGAACCAUUACAUUUACUAUAAAUUCCCCUAAUUUAUUUCAUCAACUGAAUAAAAAGGAAGGCUAUACUUUGAUUUUAAAAUCUAUUAUAAUGUGGGAUCUAUUAAUUACCU